GGAUCACACCUACCCCAUUCGGUGAAGGAAAAAGCACAACUGUGUUUGGACUAGUGCAAGCGCUCUGCAAAUUUUUGCAUCAGAAUGCGCUGGCUUGCGUUCGACAGCCGUCACAAGGGCCAACUUUCGGGAUUAAAGGAGGUGCUGCGGGAGGUGGCUAUGCUCAAGCAAUUCCAAUGGAGGAGUUUAAUCUCCAUCUGACGGGCGAUAUUCAUGCAAUCACCGCCGCACAUAAUCUUCUCGCUGCAGCGAUUGAUGCUAGAUUGUUCCAUGAGAAAACACAGAGUGACGAGGCACUGUUCAACAGACUUGCGCCGGUUAACAAAAGCGGUAUUCAUUUUUAA